AUGUCCAACCACAACAAUCAUACAGAUGGUGCCAGUCCACUUCUCAAUGCACUGAUCAAUCGCGACCCCUUCCUGACCUCUGCGAACCCAUCCACGACGCCUGCGGGCAGACCGCCAGGCGCUCAGCAGCGAAACUCGAACGCCCGCCAGCCACGGCAGAAUGCUGCAGGGCGGGGAAAUGCGCAACAGAGUAUGGCUGUCUUUGGCCAAGUGCAAACCUUCACUGCUCCCGCCAGCAUCCUCGCUGCCAGCAAGAGAGGCGCACCCCAGCUUGAUCCCAACGAUGACGACGUGAUGCAGGGAAAGGAUAUCCCUACCGUAUUCAAGCGUCCUCGGCGCCGGCGCAAAGAGGAUCCCUUUCAAGCUCCAGCUGCGUCCGGGACGGCACAAUUCACCCCAAUUCCUCCGAAGGUCUUCGUUUUCAACCCGCAGGAUCUGUACCCCAACGCCGUGCCCAAUCGUGCGGGACUGCUUCAGGGACCCGGCACUAUCGACAACCACGGGCAAGGCGAGUACUACGCUUCCCCGGCUGCGGGUUCUAGCCACCACGGAGCCGGCCCGUCCUUCGCUCCAUCCACCGCUGAAGAGAACAUCGUCGUCGACGAAGAUGAUGAAGAUCAGAACGAUAUGGAUUAG